UUUUUUGUUUUUUUGCUACGUAAUAUCAAUUUCUAACAUAUAAUAAUUCCCAAAUAUCUAAUUUUCUUAAUGGAAAUCCAAGAGCUUGUCCAAGAAUCAUCAUCACCAUACUAUGACGAUAAUAACGAAAAACGCCAUUUGGAGGCCAAAACAACGGACGCCCAUUUCGUUGUGGAUGACCUUCUUGAUUUCCCUAAUGACGACGUGGAAGAAGAGGUGGCGGGUGACACGCCGUCCACCACCACAGAUUCUUCCACCGCUCUCGAUGAUAGCUCUAACUCGUCACCGCACCAUGGUAGCCUUGGUGGAGAUGAGGAGGGUAGUGGGAGCUUUGUCGACACUCAACUCUCUAACCUUUAUGUUCCGAAUGAUGAUUUAGCUGAAUUCGAGUGGCUAUCCAAUUUUAUGGAGGAUUCUUUCUCAAAUGAAGACUUGCAAAAACUUCAACUAAUAUCCGGGGUAAAAGCCCCAUCAAAAUUUGGAUUUCAUCAUACUACUACUGCUACUACUAAAGAGAACAACAACAAGCCAAUGUUCAACAACGAUAUCAUGACUGUCCCUGGCAAGGCACGUACUAAACGUUCUCGGGCCGUCUCAUCCAAUUGGGCCUCCUCUCAACUUCAAGUUAUCUCUCCCAUUGCCCAUAUCUCAUCAAGUUAUCAUCAUGAGUCAAAUAAUAUUGUCUCAAAAGCAUUUGGAAAGAAGAAAUUGAAGACGGCUACGACAAACGAUAAAGAAUUUCACGAUAGGUCAUACAGAAAUGAAGAUGGAAGAAAAUGUCUCCAUUGCGCAACGGACAAGACCCCUCAAUGGCGUAGUGGACCCAUGGGUCCAAAAACAUUAUGCAAUGCUUGUGGGGUCCGUUACAAGUCAGGUAGACUUGUACCUGAGUAUCGACCCGCUUCAAGCCCCACAUUUGUUUUAACCAAACACUCUAAUUCCCAUAGGAAGGUGCUUGAGCUUCAAAGGCAAAAGGUGCAAAAAUCACAACAUCAUCAACAAUUUAUGCAUCAACAAAAUGCCAUGAUACGAAUGCACGAUGGUGACGACUAUAUGAUGAACCAAAAUACUAAUCAUGAUUACCGGCAGCUCAUUUAACACAUUUCUGGUGUGGGAAAUUAGUCGGGUCAAAAGUUGGUACUCAUAGCUCUUAAAGUGAAUUAGAUUAUUUAAUUACAUUUUAAUUUUAAUUUAGAUUAUUAUGUAAUAAUAACUAAGGGGGUUUUGUAGUUUUAUUUGAAGAUAUAAUUUUAGACCAUCAUAUUAUUUCCCGUA